AUGUCGCCGGGCCUUGUGGGUGAGGGUCUAACAAGAUUGUUCGUCGAGGCUGGAUUCGCUCGGCCCCAACUUCUUGAACGCCCUCAACUAUUCAAGUCAAUGGGCCUAUUUCUCCAAAAGACUAACAUCAUUCGUGAUGUACGAGAGGAUGAAGACGAUAACCGUCGCUUCUGGCCAAAGGAGAUUUGGUCGAAGCACGUCGACAACUGGGAGGAUCUUUUUAAGCCAGAAAACCGCGAUGCAGCCUUGAACUGUAGUGCAGAAAUGGUGAUGAAUGCCCUUGGCCAUGCGGAAGACUGCCUUUUCUACCUAGCUGGCUUAACCGAGCAGAGUGUGUUUAACUUUGCUGCCAUUCCUCAGAGUAUGGCUAUUGCUACCCUAGAGCUAUGUUUCCGAAAUCCAGCCAUGUUCGACCGCAACAUCAAAAUCACAAAAGGCCAUGCUUGCCAGUUAAUGUGGCAGUCAACUCAGAAUGUCCGAGUCAUUUGCGAUGUCUUCCGUCUAUAUGCUCGAAGAAUACACAAGAAAAACUCGCCAAAGGACCCCAAUUUCCUAAAGAUUAGCAUGACAUGUGGAAAGGUCAUUCCCUCUAUCUCUCUGGUUGUCUUCCCCUUGGUUAUGAUAUUAAUUCCAAUGCAGAUUGAAAAGUUCAUCGAAUCGAUCUUCCCAACGCAAACCGUUGAAGAAGCCAACCGAAGAGUAAACAAUGAGAAGAGCGCCGAAGACGCCAAGAGAGCCGCCGAGUCCGCCGAAGCCACGCGGGAUGUCAUUUUCAUUCUUGUCUCACUUUUCGGCAUCCUCAUCGUUGUCUCCUCGAUUAUGUUUGGUGCUGCCUGGAUGAUGGGUGCACGGUUUGACUUGGCCUUCCAGGAACUCAAGAAAGGAAAUUUUCGCCCCCCACGAUCCUUGACGCAUGGGGAGCUGUAG